AUGACCAGCAAUCUUUCCCAAGCUAGCGUUACGCUGCUUUGCUAUGAGAAUGUGAGCAGAUCUUGUAUUAAAACUCCCUACUCGCUUGGAUCCAGACUGAUUCUCUACGCAGUGUUUGGCUUGGGGUCUUUACUUGCUGUGUUUGGAAACCUCUUGGUGAUGACUUCAGUUCUUCAUUUCAAGCAGCUGCACUCCCCAGCCAAUUUUCUGAUCACCUCCCUGGCCUGUGCUGACUUUCUGGUGGGCAUGACAGUGAUGCCCUUCAGCAUGGUCAGGUCCGUGGAGAGCUGCUGGUACUUCGGAGCCAGAUUUUGUACCCUUCACAGUUGCUGUGAUGCCGCAUUUUGUUACUCUUCUCUCUUCCACUUGUGCUUCAUCUCCAUCGACAGGUACAUUGCUGUUACUGACCCUCUGCUCUAUCCUACCAAGGUCAUGGUGUCUGUGUCAGGAAUUUGCAUCAGCAUCUCCUGGAUCCUGCGCAUUGCAUGUAGUGGUGCCGUGUUUUACAGUAGCUCCUAUGAAGAUGGAAUANGGGAGGAAUAUAGUGCCUUCAACUACAUAGGAGGUUGUCAGACAGUUGUAAAUCAAAACAGGGUGUUGAUAGAUUUUCUGUCCUUCUUUAUACCUACCCUCGUUAUGAUCAUUCUCUAUAGUAAUAUUUUUCUCAUGGCUAGACAACAGGCUAAAUGGAUGGAUAAUACUGCUGGCAAUACAGAAUCAUCAUCAGAUAGUUAUAAAUCCAGAGUGCCCAAGAGAGAGAGGAAAUCAGCUAAAACGCUGGGGGUGACAGUAGCAGCAUUUAUGAUUUCAUGGUUACCUUAUAGUAUUGACUCACUAAUUGAUGCCUUUAUGGGCUUCAUAACCCCUGUCUAUAUUUAUGAGAUUUGCUGUUGGUGUGCUUAUUAUAACUCAGCCAUGAACCCUUUGAUUUAUGCUUUAUUUUACUCAUGGUUUAGGAAAGCCAUAAAAGUUAUCGUAAGUGGUCGGGUUUUUGAGGACAGUUCAUCAGCGAUGAUUUUGUUCUUUGAACAAAUGUAG